UCCUCGCUGGAACUACUCGAUGUGGGAUGACCCUGUUCACACAUACGCGGUUACGAAUUUGGUAAACAUAACAAUCGAAGCCUGCAAAGAGGAACAAGCCGAUGGGAUUGUAGUCUGAAGCUCACAUUCCCUUAUCGGGUAAUGGCUACUCUCUUUCAGGAGAUUGUGAUCGAGGUCAAUUGUCUCAAUAAGUUCGAACGGCAUCGGAUUUACUUAACAAUCGAGCGUUGUCCCAACCUGAGUGCUAGAGGGUGGCUCUUCAAGCAUUCCCAAACUUCGUGGACGCAAUCAAUUCGGUCGUUGAACCCAAAAUUCCCACGCAAGUUGGUCACGUCGUUGUCCUUCGUCUACCCGCCACGACACGACGCGGUGCACUUUGAAUGGAGACUACUUUUAUCCCCCGAGUAUUGUCCAAGAGGCCUAAAGUUGCAUCUUCAGGGCAGAUUGUCUCGGUGCCUCAAGAGGAUAGCGGCGCCGUUCAAGUGGCGCCUAUCUCUAACAUCAGGCCGGAUGAAAAGCACCCUGACGUUCGUGGAAAUACCAAAGGCAAGAAAGCCCAGGAGGGAUACCUCUCCGACCUUGAAGUCUUAAGUCUUUUGGAACUUAGCCUUUCGGAUUACGCGCUCUGCGUUGACAUUGAAACUCGACUCUUCAUAAAAUACUCCGAGGAUGGAUAUCUUCCCCUCGAGCAGAUAAUUACCAGAAGUCCAUAUUUCCAACAAGCUCUGUCUCGAUCCCACACAAAGCACCCUGUGCGGCUCCCCCCUCAAAUAUCCAUAAUUCGUGCUAUCCGAACUUCGCCCAUGAACGAGCUGCUUGAUGUUCGCGUGCUCCUAUCGGAGCCAACGCCCUGGCCAGCCGGUUCCUCGUCCUCAAGAGGCGGGGAAGAGGGGGAUGAUGGCGGCUUUGAGAUACGAAGAAAGGACUGGGAGAAUAUUGACCAGACCCUGCAAGGCGUGACAAAGGAAGGGUGGGAUACCCAGAGUGUCUAUGUUGAAAAUGUUCCUCUGCAUAUCCGAACCAUCCCUAAAAUCCAUCGUUUCGUCACUGGAUUGCUCUGCGCGAACGCUCCAAACUCAGCGGUUUCCUCAAAAGUCAACGCAGAUGACCCUUCGCCAUUGUUUUCGAUACAACAUAUUGCGACACACGCGGGUGCCCACGAGUCCGGUGCCCAAAGCUACGCGAAGAAAGACAAAUGCUAUGGCUAUGCGUUUAUUACAUUCAAAGAGAGGCGAAUAGGAGAGAGAUUGCUGAGUGAAUGGCCCUGGAGUUUCUCGGAAUCCCGCGACCACUACAGGGCUGGCAAAAUUUUAGCUGUGUCUGAUGAAGUGACGGAGGCUUUGAGAUACAGCUUCCGGACACUUUCAAAAUCCCGAUGGUUGCAGCUUAAGGACGAGUAUCUAAAGCAGAUGACAGAGGCACUCUCCCAAGAAUCGGCAUUGCCACUUCAGGCAGUCCCCGAGGAAUGUACUCGCAAUUCCGCUCAGUCUAAAAUCGUUGCUACUCCGGAACCAGAUCCCCCAACGCGAAUCCAGACACCUCCCCCGCCGAACUAUCCAAUAGGUUGUCUCCUCUUCGUGAAGAACCUCCACCCAGAAACAAACAAAACCACACUAAGAGAGCUCUUCUCGGCGGUCCUCAGGGACGCACCGCCGAAGGGCCAAUUCUCUCCGAUCGAUUAUGUAGACUACACAAAGAAGCUAGACACGUGCUACCUUCGCUUAUCGGAUUCAUCAUACUCUUCUAUGAUACAGUCUUACUUUGCAUCCAAUUUGGUGUAUCAAUCUUCGGGUACCGAUAGUGCUGGGAAUAAAGCUACUGCCGAUACUCCAUCUUCGCGGAAGCUGAUCCAAGCGGAAAUAGUAAGCGGGAGGAAAGAACGAAUCUACUGGGAGAAAGUUCCGGAGAAGCUAAGGAUGUCGGCGAUCAGGAAAGCCAAUACUGCUGCUGAAAAGCCUCUAGGGGGUGCGGAGGGGGCCAAUGGCCAGAACGAUCCGAAGUCGAGAAAAAGGAAGAAAUGACGCCUGGCAGUCCCGUUUGCAAUGCUGGGUGUAUGCUAGUGUGUCAUAAAUAUUCCUCUGAUGUCCACGGAAACAGUGAUAGCAUUGGUGUGUUGAUUGCAUAUGCACAAAUCUCAUUCUCCGCUGCUGACGGCACAAUUUUGCGUGACGAGGAAUCCUUGGUUAAAUAAGCGCCAAUGUGACUGGUGACAAGUCACGGUUGUUCUAUCACACAUCACGCAAGUGCGAUCGACUCUUUGACCAGUCGACGCGUCAGUUAUUC